CUGCUAAAUACUAUUUGAUUGAACUCAGAAUAUUCCUUUAAAUUUAUAAUAAAUAAAAUUAUAUUCAUUGAGACUGGUCUACGAAAGCAGAAUCAGCCUAAAGUUGCGUUUUGCUCUCAAAUAUAAAGGUAAUUUAUCUCAACUAUGUUAGUGAAUAGUAAAGUGUUUAUAUCCUAAGUUGCUCCAUUGCCUUUUGCAAUUUCUCCAACUAGAUGAGUAUGGAUUUAAAAAAAAUAUAUGAAUCCAGAGCUCCCUGGUGAAAUUCAGCCGCUGAAAUCUUUCUGUAUAUAAAUGUAAAUAAAUAAAUCGAUACAGGGAAAUCAGAACUUUUCAAACAAAAGCUAAACAAACGCUAGCCUUAGACGAUAGGUGCUGCUCUGUGUCUUUAAGGACGUGUCUUGCGUUUGUUUUGACCAAUCAGAAUUUGAUACCGCCUAAACGGGUCGACCAAUCAAAUUAUGGGAUUUGUGUCUGUCUCGGCAUGUUCUUCUCACAGCCUGUGCUGCUCGCCGGGUCCACGUGUACACAGAGAUGUAAAGAAAGGUGACAAUGUCUACUUCAACCUGGAAACACCUCACCAGCCAUAGUGUGGACCAGAAUAUAUUUCCGGCCCCAAACAAACAAACAACAACUAUUUCUCAUCAAACCAAUGGACGCAGAAGGAGGGAAAAGAUCAAAAUGAAAGAUUGCACCAUGGAAUUCCAUGAAAUGUCAUGUGACCAGAGAAGAGGAACGAAGAGAAAGUCAAACAAGCUUUUGGAAAACAGGACAGAAUUGAUUAAACCUAGUAAUGAUACAUUGGAACAGACAAAUCAUGUGCAAAUCAAAAGGCCCAAAGUAACCCCAGAGGCAUGGACGGGUGAAGCUGAGUUGGCAUUAUUGGUCAGUGACAGCUGGGAGGUGGACAGUGGCUUUUCAUCCGAGACCAGUCCUCCCACUAGUGGCAGGAGUUCUCCAUGUGUGGGAAUCAGCCACUCGAAGCUAGUAGCUCUGGACUGUGAAAUGGUUGGCACUGGACCUGGCGGCCAGUAUAGUGAAGUGGCACGCUGUAGCAUUGUAAAUUAUUAUGGUGGUGUUAUUUAUGAUAAAUAUAUCUUACCUCAGCAGCCGGUUACAGACUACCGCACAAGAUGGAGUGGCAUUAGGAAACAUCAUUUAGGACAAGCAGUGCCCUUUGAGGAUGCUCAGAAUGAGAUUAUCGACAUACUCAAAGGGAAGGUUAUUAUUGGUCAUGCCUUAAAUAAUGACUUCUUUGUUCUGGACCUCUCUGUCCCUGAACACAUGGUCAGGGAUACCUGCACCUGUAGCUGGCUACGAGAGUUGUACGUCGCUUCUGAUCGGUGCAACAUCUCUUUGAAGAAACUAGCUUGGAAACUACUCAAUAGGACCAUACAGGUUGGCAGGUUGGGUCACUGCUCUGUACAAGAUGCUCGUGCUGCCCUGGACCUGUACAAGCUGGUAGAGGACCAGUGGGAAAAGGACUUCCUGGCCAGAGAGUCAAUCACAGACCAUACCUCAGACCCCAACAACUCCCUGGAGCACUACAUGCAGGACCAGUAUUGGCCAGAAAGUAUGAUGGAUUGCAGCCCAUAAAACCAAGAACUAGGAUUAUGAUGCCGUCAACCUCAAGGAUAGUAAAUGUCUAUUGUUUAGUGUUAUUUAAACCUGAUGUUCUGUUUAAUAUAUUAUUUAAACAGAAAACUUGACACUUAACAUGUUAACAUUCAUUAUGGCCAAAUUACUUUGGUCUUUAUUCUGGAAUACAGGGAAAAUUCUGCUCCAGUAAUUUCAGUUGUAGAACUGAAAUGUUGCACAUGAAAGGCUUAUUUGAAGUACUCUUCUGUGAUUGUGGUCAUUACACAAAUAACUAAAAACUUAGAUUUUGUACAAGUUGAUAAUGUUUAUUAAUGGAUUUUAAAAUUAACAGUUAUAAAUAAUACAGCUUAAGAAUUGUCUUGUUAGCUUUAAAUUGAAUCUACACAGUGACUGUAUUUAAGGGAAUAACUCCAUUUGUGAGAUUAAUUUUUAUGAUCAAAGUUACCGAGGUAUAAUGUUAAUUUCAAUGACACAUCUUUUUGGCAAGUUGCGGAUAAUGGCACCAACUACUCACAUUGUUGUACUGAAAAUGCUUCCAUCCAAGAAAUUUAUGGUUUCAUGUAAAGUUUGGUUACUUUGUCUAAAUAAAAAUUAUGGAAACACAAUGA